AUGAACGACAGGAGGAAAAGACAACAGGAAAAACACAUGAUGAUGGAGAACAGGAAUGACAUAACAACUGUCAGCCAAUCAGCUGCACUCGUUCCCUUUGAUGAGGAAGAAGGUUCCGGUGGCCACGCCAAGAAGACCAACGGUCAGUCCCAGACCACAGAAGACAGCUGGACCCACACUGGACUGAGGAACGUCCACAUCUGGACACAAAGAAAAGAGAUACUGACGUGGAUCUACUCUGUGUUCUCAGACGCUCCUUCUGCUGUCCUCAUCUAUCCUAAAGAAGACGUUCUUCUGGACGUCCAGAACACUCUGGUCUGUCACGUGUCUGGGUUCUAUCCCGCUCCCGUUCAGGUCCAGUGGACCCAUAACGAACGGAACGUGAGCGGCGCCGCCACCGGGAACGUUCCCUACCCCAGCAAAGACGGAACCUUCAGCCAGAUCUCCAGACUGGAGUUCACCCCAAAGCAGGGAGACAUCUACAGCUGUACAGUCCAGCACCCAGCACUGAGCACACCACUGACCAGGAUAUGGGAUGUGGACGUUCCUCAGUCCAGUGUGGGUCCAGCUGUCUUCUGUGGUCUGGGACUGACCGUUGGUCUUCUGGGCGUGGCCACCGGAACCUUCUUCCUCAUCAAAGGAAAUGAGUGCAGCUGAUUGGCUGACAGUUGUGAUGUCAUCCCUGUUCUCCAUCAUCAUGUGUUUUUCCUGUUGUCUUUUCCUCCUGUCGUUCAUAUCUGACUCAUUAUUGGCUGGUGUAAACUCUGCUCUGUUUAUAAAUGAGGACCUGGAGGACCUU